AUGUCCGGUACUCGGCCAAAGUCAGAUUAUGGCCGGGCUCAAUCUGUUGCACUUUCUGGUGGGUACGAAGAUGAUGAAGAUCACGGUGAAUGGUUUCUCUAUACUGGAAGUGGUGGAAGAGACUUGAGUGGUAACAAGCGAACAAACAAGCUACAAUCGUUUGACCAGAAAUUUGAAAAGCUUAAUGAAGCUUUACGUGUCAGCUGUCUCAAGGGUUAUCCUGUACGAGUUGUGAGGUCCCACAAGGAGAGUUCGUGUGUAUGCACCAGACAAAGGAGUACGAUACUACGGGGUCUACAGGAUUGAAAAGUGUUGGUGGAACCUGGAAAACAAGUUCAACUCUUGAUCAAAAGCUUCAUGCAUCUGUUUAUUUAACUUAUUUUUGUCACUUAUUUACAUUACAUUGACUUCUGUGCAGGGAUUCAAAGUUUGUCGAUACCUAUCCGUGCUCUGUGAUAAUGAUCCUGCACCAUGGACCAAAUCUCUUGUUAUCUCAUUUUUACUUUGUUAUAAUAUCAUCCCCUUCUAUUUGGUCUUUAAUCAUGUUCGUGUUCACCAUGUUGUAUAUAUUGGCAGUGAUGAAUAAGGGGACCGUCCUAAGGCCUUGCCUGCCAUCAAAGAAUCAGAUAUGACUGAGAGAAAAGGAUCUCCAGCCUGGGAUUAUGAUG